GGUAAUGUUGACACGAUGAAUGGUCAAUUGAAUACACCUCUUCGCAGUCAAAUCGAACCCCAUGCAAACCCUGGCCCGAUUCCAGCAUCUUUUCAGACAAUUUGUGGAUCCGCUGUACCUCAUUCUGACAUGAUGACAGAUAAUAAUUUUCAACGCCUCGGUAUGAACAACAACAAUACAUACGUUUCAUAUAGUCUUAUACCGAUACCCACAAGCAACGAGUUUAUUGUUAUGAGAGAAGAGCGAACUCAAUCAGUGUUGGGCAGGAUAUCGGCUGCUUCUAGCAUUGGCGAAAUGUUAGCUAUGUGA